AUGUGUAUUCUCCUGCCGUGCGCGGAUCCCGCCGCGCCCGGCGUGUGGUGGCGCGACGACGCGCAGUGGCGCCGCUACCCGCCGCACCUCGAGAACGCCGUCCGCGACGCCAUCGCGAGGCGGCUGCCGUCGGUCGAUCUCGGCACGUUCGCGUCCGACGUGUACCCUAACGGCGCGCGCUAUACCGCGGAUCUGCGCGCCAUGAAGCAGCGAAACGCGCAGAGCGGGUACACGCGGGAAAUCAGGGUGAUUGGCGCGGCGCUGCCUGCUCCUGCGCCGUCCCAAGCCUUGGGAAUGCCGAAUCAGCAGGGCCUUCAGCUGCCGGGGGGAGCACCGAUGCCAACCAUCCACUGGCGUGACAGCCGAAACAACCUCCGGCAGUACGACGCAGCCACGGGCCGGGCCAUCUUCCGAGCCGGCGCGCAGGGCUACAUGUGCGCUCAAACUGCUCCAAUCAUCACCGACGCGUACCCCCUGGGCGUGGUGUAUACCAUUGAUUUACAGCGCAUGGUGCAGCGAAACCCAUUCACGGGGCGGGAGAGGGAUGUGGUGGUGCAGUUUCCUCAUAACCCUCUUGAGCUGCUCAAGCUGGCGCUGGGGGCCACUGGGGAGGACCGCAAGCAGUUGUUAGGCGCAACGCUGGAAGCUUUCUGCUCGGAGGACAACGUGAUGAAGAUGCUGGCGGGAAAGAUUUCACCAUACCAAAUCAUUGCGAAGCGGCGUAACCCUAACCUGCAGCUUGGACAGCCGGUUUUUGACAAGUUCGUGCAGUCCAUGGAAGGGAUCGCCACUGGCUGCGCCAAUCUCAGCCCCAGUAACUUGAUUGAUGGACAGACCCAAGCAAGCGGCCUGCCACUCCCUCUGCAGCUCGCAUUCCAUGGCACCCCUCCAGAGAACAUCAACUCAAUCUUCAAGGAAGGCAUGAGCGCGAGCUUCUAUCAGCGGCUCGGAUCGGGAACCGGCCGGCUCGUCGCUGCGGCUGUAGCGGCGUCGACUCGCGCCGCAGGCCCGCUUGUAGCGUCGCACAUAGCCACCCGCGCCGUCUGGCUACAGCCGGCGAAAGGCCUGCUACAGCCGCCGGCUGCGGCUGUCACGCCGGCAGUCGUCGGCCCAGCGGGGCCGGGCUUGGGUGCAUUGCCCGUUGGAGUCGCGCGACUGCCGUUCGCCAUGCGACAGUCUGCGAUCGGCGGACUUUUGUCGCUGAGCGCAGUGGCGUUAGGGGCACUGGGGUGGGCGAGGGCGUGUUCGGCGGAAGAUGAGCGCAGCGGAGCGCGGUCGGAGGAACGGGGGGAAGGUUCGCGUGAGGAUUCCGCGAAAGGUCAAGGCGCGGGGGAGGAUGAAGUCGAGGCGGUGGUUUCGCGAGUGGCGUCUGUGGCGGAAGGGCGGAAGCGGCCUCGUGAGACAGAUGGCGGCAGUGUGCCGCACGCGUGCGUGGCGACCGCGAGUGUGGGCGCGGAGAGGGGAGUGGUGGUGGAGCCAAAGACGAAGCACUCCUUCCCCGUCAUGCUGCGGCAAGAGGGGCAGGGAGGAGGGCUGCUGGCAGGGGUGGGCAUCAGAGACACGGUGAUUGCCAGGAUCAAAUCUAUCAAGAUAUACGCCUUCGGCCUCUACGUGAGCCCAUCCAGCCUGGGGGGUGACGAGCACCUGAAGGCCAAGUACGGCGCCAUGCCUCUGGACGAGCUGCGAGUCAGCCAGGAGUUUUACGACGACCUGCUCAGUCGUGAUAUAGGCAUGACAGUGCGGCUGGUGCUGCAUUACAGAGGGCUCAACAUGAAGAUGGUGCGCAAUGCGCUCAACACGUCCCUCUCCAAUCGCCUCACUAAGCUACUGGGCCAUGCAGACGACCCGGGCUUCCACACUCUCAACGAGUACCUCUCGCUGCCGCACAAAGUCAAGCGGGGCACCACCAUCGAUUUCACAUGGCAGCCAGGAGGAACACUGCUCACUGAGAUUGACGGCAGGCGCAUGGACCCAAUAGUCAGCGCUCCUCUAUGCAGAGCCUUCUUUGAUUUAUACAUUGGCCACCCGCCUGUGUGCGAGAAAGCCAAGCAGAGGAUUGGGGAGAACAUAGGACGGAUGAUUGCCACGUGCUGA